CGGCCCAAAUACAAAGCCAUGUGUGUCACGGCAUUGGAACCUUUUUGGGUUUUGGCGCCACCUAGUGUUUUCUAGUGGGGGAAAUAUUCAUUAUUAAGCCUGCUUUUAUUUUGACAUUUACCUUCAGUUGAUGUAACUUCCUGUGAUGUCAUAUUCAGCUAGAGGAGGAAGUUCAUUACUUCAGUUGAGUCAGACCAUGCCAAGGUGAAGAGGUGCUCAUCCUUAGGUUGUUCUUGCCCUUGGAAAGGCUUUGCUUUUUUACGAAUCCCAAGGAAGAAUUCUGUGUAUCUGAAGAUUGGAGUAAACUUUCAAAACUCACUUCUGCCUCAGGAAUUCAUUCCGUCGUUAGCUGUCUGUCUAGUCAAGUAAAUGAGCGCCUGAUAAGGACAGAACAGUAAAAAAGCAUCCAGCACAGCGGGCAGAACUUUACAAGGAGAGUAAUCUUCAAUUGUCGUCCUACUUCUCAUCAUCAUCACCGCUGCUCAUACCCGGUUCGCACAUCUGAAUGAUGGAUGGGAAAAAAGCAUUGGAAGGGUCAGCACAUCACUCUACUGUGGAAACAAGGUCAGUUGCUCGUGCAUCUUCCAGUAAAUCUUCGUCAAGCAAAUCAUCAGCUAGCAGCAGAGCCAUAGCCGCAGCUUAUGCUAAGGUGGAGGCAGCCCGCGCAAGGGCUGAAUUUGCUAAGAAGGAGUCAGAUGUUCUGAUUGAAAAACACGAAUCGAAGCUAGAUUGAACACACUCAGACAUGAAAAGGAGGUGAUAGCUGCCUUAGCAGAAGCUAGUGCGCUUGAAGCAGCAGAGGAGUCUGAAGUGGUUGAUGAUAAAUCAUUCCUGCAAGAAGUGGAAGAGAGAACACGUCAGUAUGUUCAGCUACAGCUAACAGAAGAUGUUAAGCCACACGCACAACCCAUAUCACCAAUAAUUCAUGUGCUGAAAACUGAGUCUCCCCCAAGACAGCGUCUUACUGAGUUCACAGUUGAAGCUCAUUCUUCUAAAACGCCUGAACUUGCCAGACCAGCACCGCAACCCACCAAGACUAUACCUCAUCACACAUCUCCAUGGCGAUCUACAGCUGGUGCAGGACAAUUCUCACCUCUCAAAGGUGUUUCACAACAGCCAGUAGAUGGCAGUCCAGACAUUAGCGAUGUAGCUAGAUACUUGGCACGCAGAGAUCUGAUUACCUCCGGCCUCUCACAGUUUGAUGAUUCUCCUGAGACCUAUUGGGCGUGGAAAUCAUCAUUCAUCAACGCCAUCGUUGGAUUACACCUCAGUGCCAGUGAAGAGCUGGACCUCCUGAUUAAGUGGUUAGGGCGAGAAUCUGCACAGCAUGUCAGGAGAAUACGAGCUGUGCAUGUAGGUAACCCCUCUACCGGAUUGACCAAGGCUUGGGAACGCUUGGAGGAAUGCUUCGGUUCUCCAGAGAUUAUAGAGAAGUCACUCUUCGACAGGCUCACAAACUUCCCAAAGGUCACCAACAAGGAUCCAGUGAAGCUGAGAGAACUCAGUGACCUCCUUCAUGAGUUAGAAGCCGCAAAGCUAGAAGGCUAUCUCCCUGGCCUUAGCUACUUAGACACUGCACGUGGUGUCGCUCCUAUAGUGGAGAAAUUACCAUACAACCUCCAAGAGCGGUGGCUUAGACAGGGCUUCAAGUACAAGGCCACUCAUGGUGUAACCUUCCCUCCGUUCUCCUUCUUCUGUGAGUUCGUCUGUGAUGAGGCACGAGCACGCAAUGAUCCGGGUUUCAGGCUGCAACCUGGUAACACAGAGUACCUAAAGCAAAGCGCUACUGCUAAGAAACCGCAGAAGAGUCUAGUGUUUGCCCACAAGACAGGUAUAUCACAGGAGAAAGUGAAGUGGGAGGUUUCAGGCCACAAAGCUGGUGAUGUUGAGAAGCAAUGUCCCCUUCACAAGAAGCCGCACCCUCUCAAGCGCUGCAGAGGGUUCCGCAGCAAACCCUUAGAGGAACGUAAAGCCCUUUUGAAGGACAUCGGUGUCUGUUUUAGAUGUUGCUCCUCAACAAGUCACAUGGCCAAAGAGUGCACCGCAGUCAUUAAGUGUAGGGAGUGUGAUAGUGAGAAUCACGUCUCAGCUCUCCAUCCUGGACCGCCACCGGCGACAUCUGGGCAUGGCGGGGAGAGCACGGAAGAAACACCACCAUUAACUGUCGAGUCAAGCUGCACCGAGGUGUGCGGAGAGGGUCAAAGUCCACGGUCCUGCUCCAAGAUCUGCUUAGUAAAGGUCUUUCCUGAAGCACACCCAGAGAGAGUGACAAGAGCUUAUGCGGUUCUAGAUGACCAAAGUAACCGGUCUCUUGCAAGACCUGACUUCUUUGACAUGUACAACAUCAAGGGAUCAGACUCACCCUUCACACUGCGUACGUGUGCUGGGUCAACAGAGAUGAUGGGUAGAAGAGCCACAGGGUUCAUUGUGCAGUCACUAGAUGGAACUACAACGCUCACCUUGCCCACGCUAAUUGAAUGCAGCAACAUUCCAAGCGACCGUGCUGAGAUCCCAACUCCUGAAGCGGCUUUAUAUCACACUCACCUCAAACCCAUAGCUCACUCCAUCCCAUCACUGGAUCCUGAGGCCAAGAUCCUCCUGUUGUUGGGUCGCGACUUACUAAGAGUCCACAAAGUGAGAGAGCAGCGGAAUGGUCCACAUGAUACUCCAUAUGCACAGAGAGUGGACCUGGGAUGGGUCAUCGUAGGUGACGUCUGCUUAGGGAGCACUCACAGGCCUGCAGCUAUUCAAACUUACCACACCAACAUCCUAGAAAACAAACGCCCUUCCUUCUUCAGCCCUUGUCCUAACAAGCUUCAUGUCAAAGAAAAGUUUGGGUCCCUGUCUGAACAGACAGCUGUUCCAGACCUUCGCAGAUCUUUCAAGUGUACACUAGGAAGCACAGUCUUUGAAACAACCAAAGAUGACAGCAAGAUAGGACUUUCGGUGGAAGACAGACUGUUCCUAGAGCUUAUGGGGAAAGAGAUGUUCAUGGACAAUGCAAACAGCUGGGUUGCCCCACUUCCAUUCAGAACACCUCGCGAACGCCUACCUCACAGUCGCGACCAGGCACUCACGCGGCUGGCUUCUGUCCAACGCACUCUGGAGAAAAGACCUGAAAUGAAGAAGCACUUUGUCACUUUCAUGCAGAACAUCUUGGAUCGUGACCACGCUGAGCAGGCUCCUCCUCUCCCAGCUGGGAAAGAGUGCUGGUAUUUACCGAUCUUUGGAGUUUACCACCCGCAGAAACCUGACCAAAUCAGGGUGGUCUUUGACUCAAGUGCGAAGAGCCAUGGCGUUUCACUCAAUGACGUCCUGCUGUCUGGACCUGACCUAAAUAACAGCUCGGUCGGUGUUUUGUUGCAGUUCAGACGUGAAGCCUUUGCAGUGACUGUGGACAUAGAACAGAUGUUUCAUAGUUUUGUUGUCAGGGAGGACCACCGAGAUUUCCUGCGAUUCUUCUGGCACAAGCACAAUGAUCCCGCCGAUGACCUCUGUGAGUAUCGCAUGAAGGUUCAUGUAUUCGGCAACAGUCCUUCUCCUUCAGUUGCCAUAUAUGGAUUUCGACGCACUGCAGCUCAUGGCGAAGAGGAAUUUGGCUCUGAUGCGCGCUGCUUCACUGAGAGGGAGUUCUAUGUGGAUGACGGGCUUCUGUCACGACCCACAGCCAGCGAGGCAAUCGAUCUAUUGAAACGGACACAGAAGAUGCUUGCCAUAUCUAACAUCCGUCUCCACAAAGUGGCAUCCAACAGCAGGGAAGUUAUGGAAGCAUUUCCUGUCGACGACCGCGCCAAAGGGCUCAAAGAACUCAACCUAGAUGCUGAUGCAACACCUAUUCAGUGAAG